GGCAAAUGCUUGGAAUCUCUCUCUCUGGCACUUUUACUUUCCUCUCGUUGCCCUUUUUUCCUCUUUCAGCAGUUGUCCGCUCUGCCCUGAACUUCCCAGAAGACAAACCCAGAACAGGACGGCCUGACUCCGAGGAGAAGAUGAAGUCCCGCCUGGCUCUCCGGGUCGCCUGUGUGACCCUGCUCUGGCUCUGCUGCCGUGUGUGUCACGCCACCCCUCUGUUCUACAACAUCUCCAUGGACGGCAGUGGCGACGAAGCCGAGCUGGAGCUCAUCUUCCCCACGUCCUUCUCCACCCGGGCGCCGGUUCAGGUCACCAGCUCCACCGGAGCCCCCACCCUGACCAACACCAUCACCACCACCAUGAUCCGCCUGAAGGACUUCGUCCUGAGCCGGGUGGUGGACUUCCUGCAGGAGAACCUGCUCAUCAUCAUCGUGGUGACCUCCCUGCUCAUCGUCAUGGUCUUCAUCAUCUGCUGCGCCUCCGCCAUGAGUCACAAGCGCAAGCUGGAGGCCUACAAGCCCCCGCCGCAGCCGUCCAGGAAGUACACGGCGGACAAGACCGCCGGCGAGCUCCACGAGAGGCCGUACGCCGUCGACCACGUCAAGAGGGUCCACGCCCAGAGCGCGGCCUCGCCCAAGAACCUGCGCGUGCCGUCCAAGGCCCUGGUGGGCGAGAAGGGGAGGGACGUGCGCUCGUCGCCUCGCCAGGAGGUCAGGAGGGUCAGAGAUACGGAGGAGGCGGAGAGGAGGAGGGAGGAGCCCAAACGCAAGGAGCAGGUGAAGUACAGGGAGGAGGCGCAGCAGAGCGCCAGCGCCAGCCACCCGGUCUGCACCUGCCACCUGAAGAAAGCCCACCACUAG